GGAAGGGGGAAGCGCCGGCCGCGCCGCCUGACUGACUGGAAUGAGGGUAGCUGCGGCGGCGGCGGCGGCGGCGGGAGCGGGACAGACGAUGGCGGUGUGGACGCGGGCCACCAAAGCGGGGCUGGUGGAGCUGCUGCUGCGAGAGCGCUGGGUCCGAGUGGUCGCCGAGCUGAGCGGGGAGAGCCUGAGCCUGACGGGAGACGCCGCGGCGGCGGGGGAGCCCGAGCCCGCGCUGGGGCUGGCGGCGGCGGCGGCGGCCGCCUUCAACGGCCUCCCGAACGGCGGCAGCGGCGGCGACUCGCUGCCCGGGAGCCCGAGCCGCGGCCUGGGCCCCCCGAGCCCGCCCGCGCCGCCGCGGGGCCCGGCGGUGGAGGCGGGCGCGUCGCCGCCGGUGCGCCGGGUGCGGGUGGUGAAGCAGGAGGCGGGCGGCCUGGGCAUCAGCAUCAAGGGCGGCCGCGAGAACCGGAUGCCGAUCCUCAUCUCCAAGAUCUUCCCGGGGCUGGCGGCCGACCAGAGCCGGGCGCUGCGGCUGGGCGACGCCAUCCUGUCGGUGAACGGCACGGACCUGCGCCAGGCCACCCACGACCAGGCCGUGCAGGCGCUCAAGCGCGCGGGCAAGGAGGUGCUGCUGGAAGUCAAAUUCAUCCGAGAAGUAACGCCAUAUAUCAAGAAGCCAUCCUUAGUAUCAGACCUGCCAUGGGAAGGUGCAGCUCCCCAGUCACCAAGCUUUAGUGGCAGCGAGGACUCUGGUUCUCCAAAACACCAGAACAGCACCAAGGACAGGAAGGUCAUUCCUCUCAAAAUGUGCUUUGCUGCUAGAAACCUAAGCAUGCCGGAUCUGGAGAACAGAUUGAUAGAGCUACAUUCUCCCGAUAGCAGGAACACGUUGAUCCUACGCUGCAAGGAUACAGCCACUGCACACUCCUGGUUCGUAGCUAUCCACACCAACAUUAUGGCUCUCCUCCCACAGGUGUUGGCUGAACUCAACGCCAUGCUUGGUGCAACCAGUACAGCAGGAGGCAGCAAGGAGGUCAAGCAUAUUGCCUGGCUGGCAGAACAGGCAAAACUAGAUGGUGGAAGACAACAGUGGAGACCUGUUCUCAUGGCUGUGACUGAGAAGGAUUUGCUGCUUUAUGACUGCAUGCCAUGGACAAGGGAUGCUUGGGCAUCACCAUGUCACAGCUACCCUCUUGUUGCCACAAGGUUGGUUCAUUCUGGCUCCGGAUGUCGAUCACCCUCACUUGGUUCUGACCUUACGUUUGCUACCAGGACAGGCUCUCGGCAGGGCAUUGAGAUGCAUCUCUUCAGGGUGGAGACACAUCGGGACCUGUCGACCUGGACCAGGAUACUGGUUCAGGGUUGCCAUGCUGCUGCUGAGCUGAUCAAGGAAGUCUCUCUAGGCUGCACAUUAAACGGCCAAGAGGUGAGACUCACUGUCCACUACGAAAAUGGGUUCACGAUCUCCAGGGAAAACGGAGCCUCCAGCAGCUUGCUGUACCGCUACCCCUUCGAAAGGCUGAAAAUGUCUGCUGACGACGGCAUCAGAAACCUGUAUCUGGAUUUUGGAGGUCCGGAGGGAGAACUGACCAUGGACCUGCACUCCUGUCCGAAGCCGAUUGUAUUUGUGCUGCACACGUUCUUGUCGGCCAAAGUCACUCGCAUGGGACUGCUUGUAUAAGCAGCAAGAAUCAGAAAAGAGCUUUGAAUGUCACAAGAAGUAUUUCCACCUCAAAAAGAAAAAGAGAAGAAAAAAAAAGCACAAAAAGAAAGCUCUUUGCCCUCCUCCAGCACAGUGCCUUGACAAGGACCUGCGAAUCACUGCUGACCCCUCACCACGUUAAGGAAGAGCCUGCCUUUCACAAGCUGCCGUGGCCACAAUUUCUAGGCUCUAAUAAGCUCCAGAAUGAACACCUGUUGACUUAUUGCUGGUUUCCUAAUGUGGUUCCUAAGUAAUUGGGUUUGAUUCUCCCGUUAAGAAGGGUGGCUUAUUGUCUUUCUUUCUGGACACAGUAAAAUAUCCAAGAAGUUGGGGGCUUUUUCUCAUUCCCGUGGGAUUCGUGUCAGACUUAGCUUUGAUCUCUUGCUUAGGAAGGCUCUCUCUUCCCAGGUGCUAGUCUCCAGCAGCCCCAGCUUCUUGGUCUUUCCAGACGUGUACAUGGUGACGGAGUUUACUGUCCCCACUCGCUCCUCCCGCCCUGGGAAGUCCUCGAGUUGUAUCACCAAAGCGCCCUUCCGCGUGUCCUGGCUCUCUCUACCUCCCGCCCCCGCUGCCCCCGUCACCCCUUCCCACUGCACCCCCAGCUUCACCACUCUCAGUGCUUACGUUAGGUCUUCGGACUGGCAGAAUUUUAUUUGCCUUGCCUUCCACUCCUUUUCUGGUGGUGACCAAGUUCAAGAGCAAGUCAGAACCACUGCAUUGAAAGAAAAGUUUUAUCUGUUUGAGAGUUUUCUCGUUUUAUCCUUGGGAAGAGCCAGGGGAUGCGGUAAGAUUUAUUUGAAAAGAAAAUCCUUAUUUUAUUUUUUUCCAUGACCUAAUAAUUGACAUUUACUUUAAUGAGAAAAUCCUCAUGUUAGCCUACGCCAUUUUUUACUGCUUACCAGACGUGCCUUUGGUUGGGGUCCGUGGAGCUUUAUUAUCCCUGUUUGAAUAACUGCCGCCCCCGGGGAGGCCGUCUGUCCCGGGGUUGGGAACAGCCUGGGCAGCUCCUCAGCACUGUCUUUCUCGUGGGCGGAGAUGGCUGAGGAAGCUGCAUCCUGACCAGCAAGCUCGUUUCAAAAGGAGAAUUGGUGGGUGAAGCCAAACAGAUUGCUGAGUUGCUUUGGGCUCUGCUCCUCCACGCAGGACCCUGGCCCCGGCCCUCUCCCCUGGCGGCGGCGGAGCGGUCUGGACAAGACUGGUGUGAGCGGGCUGAGGCGGCCAGGGAACGGAUGCCUGGGUUUUGCUAAGCACUGCCAGAUGCCAUCAUGAGUUCACAUUACAGUAAGAGUGCUGAUUUCGUGGUUCUGGAGAACACACUCCGUUAUUUACGAUUAUGAAGGAGGCGCCUAUCUGAAACCAUUUAAAAUAGGGUGAUAGCUGUAUAAGAUGUCAACGUCAGCCCCGUCCCUGGAACUGAAAGAGAAGGGAGCAGUGAGUUGGCUGUUCUCCUUGUUCUCUGAAGGAAGGUCUGGGAUUAGUUCUCAUUUACUGUGUUCAUCAGGAGUGCCUAGAGGGUGUGAGCACUACAGAGGGUGGAGGAGGCAGACUCCCAGCAGGGAAAGAAAACAGCGGUGUGUGCGGCACACGGCUCUUUGGUGUGAGUGCAGGCUGACACAGGUGGGAUGUGAGAGAACCGAGUCGAGCAGAAAGUUCUAGUUAGAUGUCGUAAGCCCAUUGUCUUCACUCCUUCCCAUGUUCAGUGAGAUUAACCACAGGCAGAGGCUGGGGAGAGAUGUCUGUUCUUCCCUCACCACCGGUCCCAAAAGUGAACUGUCUGAGCCACUGAAAACUGGAAAUUGAAACCUUAGACUAGGAUAUGUCCUUCAAGAGCUUUUUAUGUUUUGAAAAUUCACAAGCCCAAGGUUGGUUCCAUCUGGAUUAAGUUGACAAGUUAGGGAAGAAAAACAAAGUACCUUGAAGGUCCAGCUGUGGUUUCUGGAAGAAGAAUUUGAAUACAUAAUACCCUUCGAUAGGGAAGCUUAGACAUUCUCUGCAGUGAAAGUAUUCAUCCGAGCAGAUGAGCGAUGUAAUCACGGACUUACAGCAAAGCCAUUAGGUUGAGGUUUCUUUACAGCGUGAAAGGCUAAGCCACUGAAAAGAUUUCCAGGGGGAACUCCUGAGCCACCUGCUCCCUGGUUUAUGAAAAAGGUCUGUGAAAACGGUGUCAUUAAACCGUGGGAGGAAGAGGUAGUGCGUGCCCUUCCGCCCCUUUGUCCAAGCUUUAACUGCCAUGGACAGCCCCGCGGUCCACAGGGUUUUUAAUAUUUAAUAGGGUUUUGAGUCUUGAUGUGAAGUGAAAUGGAUGAGAGGUUUCCUGUGACCAUUUGUGCCCCCAAGAGCAAGAGCCCUUAAGCUGCUUGUUUAACAUCCUUCAACAGCUUUCCAACCACGGAUGACCAGGCUGUUCUUCAAUUAGGUGUGUGUGUGGGACUUUCAAACCACAAAUGAAGUACUUUUUUGUGAAUGAGGCAGCUUUGAUAAAUACGUGCAUGUUUUUGACCCACAGUUGGGAAUAUGAAGAGGCUGACUGUGUCCACUGCUCUACACGGUUUUGCAUAAGGGACUUGCGCAUCUGUGGGUUUGUGAAAACCAAGGAACGACUACAGUUAAGGUUUCAGGAAGUCAACGUUAAUUCUCGGAUGUUCGACCGCCUGGGGAGCUGGCACCCCUAAUCCCCACGUUCUCCAAGGAUCAAUUUGUACUUUGUAUUUAGACGCCAAAACAUGGCAAAUUAUUUUCAAAUGAUAACUAAAAGUAGGCAUUUUUCAUAUUUCACAUCUUUUACAGAACAGCUAAUUUUUCAUUUCUCUUUUAUUCUGAAUUAGGAAAAUUGUUGAGAGUGUUGUGGGCUUCCAUGUGUUGAAUGUAAAGGAAUUGCAGAGUAUGUUCCACCCAUUCAGUGUCCCCCCCCACCCAAGACCUGGGCCUAGACAUCUUCUCCAUAUUCCACACAGAUGCCUGUCAGAGAAAAGGCUCAGUUAUUAUUUUUUCUGAAAAAGGUAAGUCCUUUUCUGAAGUCAUCAAAUGAACCUUACUUGGAAAUUAGUACCUAAUAUUUUAUGUGAAGAAAUACUUUAAUGUAUGUUUAUACAGUAUUUAUUAGAUAUUUGUAACUGCAAACUCACCUACCUAGUAGACAGAGUUUCAGGUUAAAUAUUGGGGCAUAUACAGGCAAUCAAAAUAUUACAUUAAAUGUCAUUCACUUAUUUUAAAGCCAUGUUUUAGCACUUUUUAGACUAGGUAAGUCUAAGAGUGCCUGUUUUUAUCAUCUGAAAUCUCACCAACUUUGUUAUUGAAAAUUAUUGCAUGGAAGGAGAGAUUGAAUUAUUUAUUUCUUACAUUUUUAUAAGUGGAAAAAUCUCUCCAACCAACAAACGAUUAAAGUUGUUACUGAUUAUUUGUUCUCUUAUCCUCCUAAGCAGAAUGGUAACAAAGCUUUUUUUUUUUUCUUCAGCUGAUUGAAUGCACUUAGCUAAUAAACCAAAAUUUAUU